UAUAUAAAUAUUUUCAUUCUCUAGAAUGGAGGAAACGGUGAGAAAUUUACUACAGAGCCAAGGAUCCCCAGGCCAGAAUGGAGAAGGAACUGUCAAUAUCAUGAAGGCAUAUCAGGAAAAGCUGUCAGAAGACAGUAGGAAAUGCAAAGAAGGUAUGGAAAAGAAUCAUACAGCAGUAGAUGAAGAUUCAAGAAGUGAAAGCAACAGCACUGAAGAGGAAAAAGAAAAGACAAAAUUGCUAUUGGAGCGUUUGAAAGCUCUGGAGGCAGAGAAUUCAGCACUGGCUCUGGAAAAUGAAAAUCAGAGAGAACAAUAUGAGAGAUGUCUCGAUGAGGUAGCUAAUCAGGUUGUUCAGGCCCUACUGACUCAAAAGGAUCUGAGGGAGGAAUGUAUAAAGCUGAAGACAAGAGUUUUUGAUUUGGAACAACAGAAUCGAACAUUAAGUGUGCUUUUUCAGCAAAGAGUCAAACCAGCUUCUGACCUCCUCCUUCAGAAACUCCAUUCGCGCAUCUUAGACCUCUCAUCUGGAGAUUUGCUGUCAGAAGUAGAACGGAACAGAAGCUCGGUGCAGUUGCGACCUGCUGAUGCUCAGAUUCACGAAUGCCAACAGAAUGUGAAAUCCACUAUACCUGUCUUGAAAUGCCACAGUCAAUUAAAUGUGACAGGUCCUAGCCGCCUAUAUCCCCGGAGCAGCUGCAGUAGCAGUGAACUCUCCCUUUCAAGUGCUUGCAGUGAAUAUUCCAGUGGUUCCUCCUACACUUGGAAUGAUGGGAAGACAUGCAGCAAAAGAUCAUCCGUGAGCUGGGAUAAAAGAAUAAGCAUUGGUUCUUCACUCCCAAGCAACCUCUCUAGUCCUGCAGAUGAUCUGCCUCCAACUCGUAUCAAGGAAAACCAUAUCCUAGAAGGACUGAAGAAAUUACAGAGGCAAAAAGUAUUGCUUGAAUCACCUUCAGUAAUAUCGAAAUGGGGUUACAAAGAUUGCAUGAACUCCAAUGAAGGAAUAUAUUCCCCUGGAGUUAAAUGUGGCAGCCAUCAUGAGCAGACUCACUGUAAGCCAAUGGAAAUAGGAAGUAUUUGCACUGAACAUAACAAAACUUUCUCUUAUGAUUCAGAUUCACAUGAUGAUGCGGAUGAUGAUUCUUCAUCUUUAUUAUUGCUGCAGGAAGUACCAAGCAAAGACUGCAGGAUCUGCAGGAUCUAUUGUAACAAAUUAACUCACAGUGUUUCUGACAGUCUCUUUCACUGGGAUCCUAAUAGGAAACAUUUGCCAGAAAGAAGUUCAUAUUUUAAUUCAAAGGAAAGACCAGAAAAAUUGACUAGUUUUGUCAGUGGAUUUCAGGCAGAAGUAGAAUCAUGCACCAGAGCAAAGCUUCCUGAUUUACAGUUAGAUCAAAGCCUUGCUAAUAUAGGCUGGAAGGACCUUAAUUUUCAGCUUUCUGAUACUGAUGACAAUGAAGUCUUGGAUGAACUGCAUAUAGAAAGCAGUGAUGAGAAAAGUCCAUCAGAUUUAUUAGCAACUCCUUUUACUGAGAAGUACACAAAGAACUCUGAUGAGCUUAUAGUCACGGAGAAUUCUCAGUUUAUAUCUAGUGACAAAGAGGAAAGACAGACAUCUGCUCACUCAGACAUUAGGCCAAAGACAUGUAAUUUCAUUAAGCAACAAAAAGUCGUAAAAAAGACUUCUUCUGAGGAGUGCAUUACAGUAAUAUUUGAUGCUGAGGAUGGUGAGCCUAUUGAAUUCAGCUCACAUCAAACUGGAGUUGUCACUGUUACACGAAAUGAGAUAUCAAUCAACCAACCGGAAAGUAGGUCCAGUGCAGAAUAUACUGAACUUAUACCUCAGGGAAUAGCUAAUUUGCAGACAGGAGCAAAUGCUAGAGACUACACUGUUUUGGAAGGACCUGAAGACAAAACUAAGAAACAGCCUCUUGAAGAUAGUACAGGGAAUAAAAAUACGGUUGUCACCACAACCUGCAGUGAAUCUUCACCCUGUGGAAGAGUAAUACUGCAAAAUGCGCCACGACAAAAACUAGUGAAGCCAGUUUAUGAUGUAUCAUACAAGACCAAUUCAAGCCCCAUUGUUCAUGCAGCAAUCAAUCAAAAGCCAAUCUUGACUAAAAUACCCAGCAGAGGUAAAUUUUCUCCACAAAAAAACAAGAUGACAGAGAGUGAGGAGGCACCUGCAGCUACAUCAGUGACCUCUGCAACCCUUGAAAAAUCACCUGCUCUGCCACCUGUAAAGCUUUCAAGACUCAAAAAGGCACAAAGUCCACCUCGUAAUUUUGAUUCAAAAGUCAACUUCCAGAUUCCAAAGCCCCCUGCCCUCCCCCUGCCCAGCUCAAAGCGUCCGAGCAGAGGCAAUGGGACAAAGUAUCCAAAGAGUCAGAGUCCAGCAUCACCACUGUUGCCUCAGCACCUUAUAGAGCCUACUGACUAUGGAGAACCUCCAACUAGAGACUCUAACCAUGAUUUAGCAACUGUAGAAGCCAGGUCGCCAUCCCCACCCCUUCCUCCAGGCAGGUCAACAUCCCUAUUGAUUCGGCCUGAUUAUGCUCAUUCACCACCUGUAGCUGUGAAGUUAGGAGGAGCUGUUCCAGGUGAAACAGCAAAAAAUAUACUGAAAUCAUCACCAUCAAAAGGAACUGCAAACUCUGGCAUCCAUAAUCAAUCUAGCCAUGAUAUGCAAGCAAAAAGUGUAUCUUCUGGGGCCAAAAUUGAGUUAUCUUACCUUCAAGAAAAUUCUGAAGCAAUUAUGCAAAAUAAAUGUAUAUCUCAGCAACCCCAUAGUGCAUGCCAAGGACUUUCCAAAGUUUUCACAAAGCAGGUCUGCCUAAAGAGCACGAAUCAGAUUGGUCUCCAUAGGAACCGUGAGUUUCUGAGCAUAGAUUCUCAGACAGGCAGGUCCAUUCCUCUGGGUCCGUCACUGGAAACAACUUCACAAGAAGCACAUUCCAGCAAGAAGGAUAUUUCCAGUGACAGUGGGGUUGAUCAGCCACAAAAGAUGCCAAACAUUCUCCCUGCAACUUCUCAAUGUCAUAAAACAAGUGCGAGUGAGCCCUUGCUAUCUCAGGUAAACAAUUCUCCAUUGUCAACACUGUUUCAUGGUAGUGACACUGCAAAUGCCACACAAAACUCUAAUGAGAAAGGAGUGAAAACUCGUCUUCCUGUAGGACUGAAAUUAUUUGUCAAAUCUCCUCAACUUCUCCGAAAGAGCUCCACCGUCCCAGGGAAGCAGGAAAAAGAUAGUAUAAAUGCAGCUUCCAAAAGCCACGUGAGUACAAGUAAGUACAAGCAAAAUGAAUGUGCAACCACCAAAGGUGCAAUGGAUGCUGAAUUAAAAGACUCUAAGUCUGAUAACGAAAUAAAAGAUAAUUUUACUGUGAGACUUAGUAUGGAUACGGCAUCACCUCAUUCACAUGAAAACGGCAGCUUGGUGAUAGACAGAGUAGAUGAAUUAGAAAGAAAAUUAGUUAAGAGAUCUUUUUCUUCUAGCAACAAGUCACACUUGAAACCAGCUCUGGGCAUGAAUGGAGCGAAAGCUCGAAGUCAGAGUUUCAGCGUUCAUACAGGAGAAAAGUCAUCUACCCUUGUGACAGAAGGUCUUGGAAAAGUACGGACUCAGAUUAUUACAAACACUUCUGACAGAGGAAAUUCUCUAACAAGGCAGAACUCAGCCAUGGAAGGACUUCAAAUCAAGGUCGUUCCUGGGUCAGCAGCAACACAAGAGACACUUUCAAAUACUUCAAAAAACACAGAAAAUUCUUACUCUAGACAAGGUUCUCUUGGAAAUAAUAGCAAUAACCAGCAUGGAAGCCCAAGCAAACUGCCAUUCAGAUCAUCUCCAAAAGUAGACUCGUUUCGAAACACUUCAAAAUAUGAUGGAAACAAAUCAUUUUCUGUGAAAGAUGCACGCAGUCUAUCUGUCCAGAGUGAGAAAAGCAGUGAAAAUUUAAAACACGAAGCUCUAAAUAAAAAAAGUGUUUUGCCAGCAGAAUUGGAGUUAGAUGCAUCAGCUACUGUGUCUUCCAAACAGAUUUCAUCAUUUCAUAGCUUGGGUGGAAUAAAAUGUCCACACAAACUGGAAGCAAUAAAAUCACAGAGACAGCAGAUGUCUUUACAGUUAGCAGAAGCCUCUCAUGUUGCUGAUGUUUUUAGUUCACCUGCUCUACAACCUACAAUAGAGGAGAAGGUCAUGUUGUGCAUCCAAGAAAAUGUCCAGAAGGGUCAGGAACAAAACAAAUCUCCCACUGUAGAGACUAAACAAAAGACUGGGCCCUCUAUAGCUAGUUGGUUUGGCUUUCGAAAGAGUAAGCUGCCAGCACUGAGCAGCAGGAAACCUGACAUUCCUAAAACAAAGGUAGAAAAAAAGAACCAAGAAUUUCAGGAUUUGGAAUUAAGCAGUAAAUCAGAGAGAAGAAAAGAAAAAAAGCAAACUGAACAACACUGUGAAGUGGAAAAUGAAAUUAACAGGAAAACAGACAGCAGUGACUUUUUAGAUGAUGCUAUGGAGUUUAAAAUUUUGAAGCCAUCACGAAACACAUCUGGCAAGAUUGGAUGUGAACAAAUCAGAGGUUCCACCUCAGCUACAUACUCACCAAAAGACAGUUUUAUGAAAGAGCUUUUGAACAGAGUUGAUAAGAAAGCAGCUCAGCAGACAGAAAGUGGAUCAAAUAAUGUUUCCUACAGGAGUGUGUCGAAGGGCAGCUCCCAGGGCUCCUCUCUUCACAGCAACUCUAUCAGCUCUCAAGGAAACCACAAGAAAAACAGCAACACGAAAGCUGAUAUGGAAAUGCAGAAUCAGACCCUGGCAAACGUAGUCACAGAAAACCUGCAAGAAGAAGAGGAGGACACCAUGACAAGGACUACAUGUCAGAGUCAUGUGAUAGGUACAACAUUAUAUUUUACACUGGAUUUUAUUGCUGUCUCACGUGAGAAACUGAUACAUGAGUUGGAGGAAGAAAGACAUUUAAGACUUGAGAGUGAGAAACGAUUACGGGAGGUAACACUGGAGUCGGAGCGUAACAGAGCUCAGAUGCGUGGCCUACAAGAGCAGUUUUCCAGGUAUGUUGCAUAA